GAGUGGCUCACCCUCCAGCCCGCACGCGCUCAGCGUGUUUAUAACGUGUGAAGCCUUCAGGUGACCCGACGCUGAACCGUCCGGUACCCGCUGCAUCACCACCGGGAUCUGCGGCGGCUCUGCGGAAGCGGAAUAAAGUGAGACAGAGACAGAUCCACGCACAGAGACGGCUCCACGCACACAGAGAGACUUCUGCUCGCUGCCUGAGUGUGAUGUAACCGGUCAGACGGUCCUUCUUCACGAUGAUGCUGAUUUUUGCUGCAGCCCUGCCGGCUGCAGGUGCAGUCAGGACCCGAGGAGCGGCGUCUGUGCACGCGAUGGUCAUGAUGGUGUUUCUCAUCCCUCUGCUGUGGCUCCAGCCUGCAGCAUCGAGCUCCGCCCCCGAAGCCAAAACCUGGAGCCAAACGGGGCCGCGGCUGCAGCUCUCCCACUCAGAUGUGAGGAACGGUUCAGCUGUCUUCUGGGAGGAGGGGGUCAGCGGUGGGUACCAGGCCCUGCUGUUAGACGAGGAUAAAGGCUGGCUGCUGGUCGGAGGGAAAGACCACAUCUACCUGCUGAAGUCUGACAGCUUGGAUCAGCCCUCGCGGAAGAUCUACUGGCCGGCUGCCAGAGAGCAUGUGGAGCACUGCAGGCUGGCUGGCAAAAGCCUGGAGACUGAAUGUGCCAACUUUGUGCGGCUGCUGCAGCCUUUCAAUAAGACCCACGUUUAUGCUUGUGGUACCGGCGCUUUCCACCCACAGUGCACUUACCUGCACCUCGGACACAACACAGAGGAGCCGUUGUUCACGCUGUCUCACACAGUCGAGUCAGGCAGAGGAAAAUGUCCCUUCAGUCCCAAAGAGCCCUUCACUGCUAGACUGACCGACGGGGAUCUGUACGCGGGUACCUCGGUCGAUUUUAUGGGAGCCAACGCUGCGAUCUUCAGGACAUCCAUCCAGGGCAGCAGCCAGCAUUACAUCCGCACUGAAGCCUUCGAUCACAACUGGCUCAACGAGCCAGAUUUUGUGGGCUCCUUCUCCAUCCCUGACACGCGCAGCCCGGACGAUGACAAGGUCUACUUCUUCUUCAAGGAGAGGGCGGUGGAGGCCGGGCAGUGGGACAAGAGGGUGUACAGCCGCGUGGCCCGAGUCUGCAAGAACGAUCUCGGCGGGAGGAGGAGUCUCAUCAACCGCUGGACCACCUUCCUCAAAGCCCGGCUGGUCUGUUCUGUCCCCGGUCCGUCCGGAGUCGACACGCAGUUUGAUGAGCUUGAGGACAUCUUUGUCCUGGAGACCAAGGACCCUCAGAACCCGUCCAUCUAUGGAGUCUUCAGCACGUCCAGCUCCAUAUUUCGUGGUUCAGCAGUGUGCGUGUUCUCCAUGGCGUCCAUUCGAGCUGCUUUCAAUGGACCAUUUGCCCAUAAAGAAGGACCCGACUAUCGCUGGGUCGAGUACAAAGGUCGCAUCCCCUACCCAAGACCUGGCACCUGUCCCAGCGAGACCUACGAUGCUCUCCACAAAUCCACCAAGGACUUCCCAGAUGAGGUGGUGAGCUUCAUGCGGCAGCAUCAGCUGAUGUGGGAGCCCGUCCUGCCUCUGGGCGGCCGGCCCAUCUUAACCCGCGUCAACUCGGCCUACAUGUUAAAGAAAGUUGUCGUGGACAGGGUGGACGCCGAGGACGGCCCGUACGACGUCUUACACCUGGGCACAGAUGAUGGGAAGGUGGUGAAGGCGGUGUCUGUCAUUAAAGACAACUGGGGCACAGAGGAGGUCAUACUGGAGGAGCUGACAGUCUUCCAGAGCCCCACUCCCAUCCUCAGCAUGGAGCUUUCCACCAAGCGACAACAGCUGUACGUGUCCAGCGAGCUCGGCGUGGCCCAGCUGGGGCUCCAGAGGUGCGAGUUAUACGGGACCGGCUGUGCUGAGUGCUGCCUGGCCAGAGACCCCUACUGUUCCUGGGAUGGACAGACCUGCUCCAGAUACUUCGCCAUGAGCCGGAGGCGGGCGCGCAGACAGGAUGUGAAGUAUGGAGACCCCUGGAGUCAGUGCCCAGACACAGAGGACGAUUCAGACUCUGUGGAGGUGAAGGUGGUGUACGGUGUUGAGGGAAACUCCACCUUCCUGGAGUGUGUUCCUCGCUCGUCCCAGGCGGAGCUCAGGUGGACGCUGCAGGUCUCAGACAGCCAGCAGCAGACUGUCGGUCAGACACAUGAAAGCAGAGAGCUCCCUCAGAGCGACGACGACCGCUCCUUCCACAUGAAGCGAGGCUUGCUCAUUCAGCAGCUGGAACAGGCCGACUCGGGCCUUUACACCUGCACCAGCCGUGAGCACUCCUACACCCAGGUCCUGGCUCGAUACCGCGUUCGCAUAAUCCCUAAGCACAGCCUCAACCCAGCUCGCUACAUGCAGAGCCACAACCCCAACCUCCCAGGCCCAGUGAUUCUGGGGAAAACUGGCCCGGCCGGAGGAGGAGGGAUUGCUGGGUUUCUGAGCCAGCCGGGCUCCCCUCAUGCACCGCCUUCUCUGCCAGGACAUGGGAACUCGUGGCUGCCUCAGCAGCUCCCUCUGAGGAGCUACAAAGACCUGCAUAAGGUGGGAAGCAACAGUCUGACCGCGGAUGAGUACUGCGAGCAACUGUGGUACCGCGAGAAGCGCCGGCAGCAGAAGCUCCGGGCGCUGAAGAUGAAACAGGAGAGCAGGAAGGCUCGCGUGAGGAGGAACAACCCUCCCGAGGUUCCUCUCUAGUCGCCUGGAGGAUCAGAGACUGCCGAGGACAACAGAUCCUGUACAUGCAGAGGACACGGUGGGGUCAAAUCAAGAAAGUUUGCUUCCUGAGCAAAUAAAGCCGGCCAACAAAGUGACACUAAUGAUAAUUUACCAUUAAAAACUAAUAUUCCAGAAAAAGAGAUUCGUUUGUCUUCGUCCUGAAAUCUUUAGUAUUUAGAAAGACUUGGAAAUGGAAAUAUAAGGAUGUAUGUAGAAAGAUGAUAGAAACAUGUAUCUGUCUCUGAAGUCUUGUUUUUGUAGGUCAAAUUGCUCAUGCAUUUAUGAGCUGUUGCUGAUAGUUUACAGUCAGAUAAAUCAUUUGGUAGAAAAGUAGUCCAAGUAAGUGUAAGUUAGACUUUGCAGCAUUCUCUGACAGAUGUACUGAUAGAUAUGAGCUGCAAUUAAAGGACAAGUUCCAGUUAUUCACCUAUAAACAAAAAAAAGCAAGGUCUGAUUUAAAUUUGGAUGAUCUCCCCUUCAGGGUCAUCUUUGUGUGCAGCUCUGGACUGAUUGCUUUGCUGCUGUUCUCAGGUCACCCCCUGGAAGUCCGGUCUGUUUGAGCCUCUGUGCUGCACGCUGGAGCUGGGAUUUGUGGCCGUAGUCAUCGUUCACUUCACUCACCAGGGCUUUUCCUCUAUGUGACUUUGACCAGUUUUCUGAAAAUGAAAUUUAAGUGAAACGGUUGCUUUGAUUUGUUGCACAGGACUUUGACUGAUUGGUUGAAAAAUAGCAGCAGUUCUGUAAUCAGUCUGGAGCUGCAUGAGAAGGCGAGCUUAGAGGGGAACUCGGAUUUAUUUCAGACAUGCUUUUUAAUUUUUAUGUGGGUUUUUUGCCCUGAUGAUAGCAUUUAGUUGGCUUUCAGUACAAAAAAUGAAACAAGUAAGUUAAAAGGUCCCUGAAACUGUUUCUUAAUGUGUUUCCUUUUGCAAGUGAGGAUCUCUAAAAGCCAAAAUGUCUGCCAGCUUUUCUAAGAAAACAUGUUUUAUACACCUCAGAUUGACCCUUUUUAUUAUUUUCAUGUCUCUUCUACAUGUUUAAAUAUUCAGACCUUUAACACACCUCAGUGGCUGGCGUGCAGUUUGCAUCCAAACUCAGGUUUGACUGACAGUUGGAGGGGGAAAUGUUUCAGGAUCUCAGACACACUGCAGACAGACGCAGCGUAUUUAUAUGAUCUAACUUGCUGACAGCAGACUCCAGUGUUUGCCCAGUUUACUGCUUCACAUUUAACCCUGUUUAUUAAAAACUAUCGAGAGUUUUCAGCAGGUAUCUAUGUUUGUUCUGAGACGUAAGCUUCACACAUACCUGAUGGAUUAAAGGCCUCGAUGGAAACGCACACAUGAAAUGGACCUUGCUUGAAACAUUAUGUAUAGCUCUUUACGUCCAUGUAUAUUAAAGAACUCUAUUUUUCUAGUUUCCUUUCUGUAUCCUGUAGAAUUUACUGCAUUUUGUAAGUUUAUAUAAACCUGUGUUUUCCUCAUAAGCAAAUUUCAGACUUUUUUACUUCACAGCUCUAAUAAGCUUCGAGACCGUGUAAUGUCAUCGUUUUUACUGUAUGUGAAUAAGCCACAAAUGAUAACUCUCAGUGAAAAUAAAACAAAGAAAAACA